AAAUUUAAAAAUUCGAUAUCUCCUAAAGUAUUUGGAAUUUAUUACCUCCGCCGCUUUUAUUGAAAAGAGGAUGUGGUAAAUAUUUACUUGGGCGGUAUUUCCGAAAAAAAAAUGUUAAAAAUCCGAAAAUACCUUCAUUUUAUGCUCUUCAACUUCCUCUUUUCAUUAAAAGCGGCGGAGAUUAUAAAUUCCAAAUACUUUAGGAGAUAUCAAAUUUUUAAAUUUCUUCAUAUGUAGUUGAGCGGUAUUUGCGAAAAAAAAUGUUAAAAAUCCGAAAAUACCUUUAUUAUAUGCUCUUCAAAUUCCUCUUUUCAUUGAAAGCGGCGGAGAUUAGAAAUUCCAAAUACUUUAGGAGAUAUCAAAUUUUUAAAUUUCAGCACAAAACCAGCGCAUUCCUGUGGCGUGCGGGCACCCAAAUUUUUAAAUUUCAGCACAAAACCAGCGCAUUCCUGUGGCGUGCGUGCACCAUUGUUUCUUGUUUACGUACGAGUAUCUAUUUUUUUUGUUGGAUAAUGAUGUCACGUGAUUGUUCGUGAUAGGCCAGAAUUCAAAUGAACUAAUACGUGAUUAUUUAGUUCAAUUAUUGUUUAAAACGGUGUUUAAUUACCGCCUCCAACUUAGGUGAGUUUUUAACGUUUCUAAUUUUAAAGUCUUAUUUGUUAUUUUGAUAUUGUUGCGCAAGUAAUAAGUAACAAAAAAAUUUACGUGAGUUGUUACUGUACAUCCUUUGUUACGGGUUUGUUAGGUAAGGUCAGUUACAUUAUAAAUAAUUUAAAACUAAAGAAUAAUUAAAUUAAUUCACAUUAUUUUUAAUAUCACCUUAGUUUGAAAGUAUUUAUAAUGUAACUGACCUGACCUACUCGACCAUUUUAGUUUACUGUUCACCCUCUGUCCGGGUUUGUUUGGUCAGGUCAGUUACAUUAUAAAUAUUUUAAAACUAAACAGCCAUUAAAAUUAAUUCCCAAAAUAAUUUUUAAUGUCGGCUUAGUUUGAAAGUAUUAAUAAUGUAACUGACCUGACCUAAUCAACCAUUUUAUUAAUUACGCAUUCACGAUUCACGUAUUCACGAACACACGGCAAAAUAACAAAAAUGGCGCCGCUCGAAUGGUUCCACAGGUCUUGAUUUGCAUAAUUAAAAAAUUCAAUAUCUCCUAAAGUAUUUGGAAUUUCUUAUCUCCGCCGCUUUUAAUGAAAAGAGGAAGUUGAAGAGCAUCUAAUAAAGGUAUUUUCGGACUUUUAACAUUUUUUUUCGCAAAUACAGCACAACUAAUUAUGAUGAAAUUUAAAAAUUUGAUAUCUCCUAAAGUAUUUGGAAUUUCUUACCUCCGCCACUUUUAAUGAAAAGAGGAAGUUGAAGAGCAUAAAAUAAAGGUAUUUUCGGAUUUUUAACAUUUUUUUUCGGAAAUACCGCCCAAGUAAAUAUUUACCGAGGAUAUUAAAAAGCAUAGAAUAAAAGUAUUUUCGGAUUUUAAACAUUUUUUUUCGCAAAUACCGCCCAACUACAUAUUUACCGGAAAAUUUUUAGAGUUAUACUAUCACAGAAACAAUUCAAUUUUUCAACUUUUUUUUAAAAAUACAAACAGACCCAAAUAAAGUAUAAAAUUGGAUUUUAUUUACAAUCCUUUGGCUCACACAACAUAUGAGACUUAGGAAACAUUUUAUAGAAGAAGCUUAGCCAUGGAUAGCAUCAUUGAAUGGUAAUUUUUUUGACACACCUACAAAAGAUGGCACUCAGCACGUUCAGCUUUUGUGUUUUAAAACUGCCUCACUCUCCCAAAAAUCUUAUACAAAGGUUGUUGACAGUAUCAACGUGCAAUGAUUUGAAUCCACUGCAAAGAGAUUUUCACCGCUACCAGCCAAAUUAUGAAAAUACGAGGCAGUUUUUUCUUGGAGAUUCAAAGUGUCUAGUUUCGGACGCACACGCUUCUUUCCAGUCUCGGCGCCAUGUUCACGGGAGUGAAGCAAAGAGGUUCAUUUACGAAGCGGACCGGAAAGGUGGCUACGGCAAACCCAUUAAGAUGUCUCGCCUGAAGAUGGUACGAGAGGGCCUGAAGGAAAUGAAACAGGAGAUAAUUCUGUGGACGGAUGAAGUGAAGGAAACGUUCAUGGCAGACCCUUUCGUCGUCUACAGACCAGGCGAGGUGGACGUGGUGUGGAAGUUCGGGACCCCCGAGGUGCACUCCAAGUGGGUGACCACGGCGGACAGCGACCACGGCGAGGGGCUGAGCGAGUGCGAGCUCUCCGUCAGCCCGUCGGGCGGCGCGCUCUUCAGCGGCACCCUGAGCACCCAGGUGCCCCGCGACGGCCGCAUCAAGCGGGCCGGCUACUGCAACAUGAGGUCCAUGCGUGCCCGAAAGUCGUUCAAACGUGACUCGUACCUGGACUGGAGCAUGUACACCCACCUGGUGCUGCGGGUGAGAGGGGACGGCCGAUCCUACAUGCUGAACCUGGCCACCUGCGGGACCUUCGACAUCAUGUGGAACGACAUGUUCAACUACAUCCUGUUCACGCGCGGCGGGCCCUACUGGCAGGUCGCGAAGAUCCCGUUCUCAAAGUUCUUCCUGGCGAGCAAAGGCAGGAUACAGGACAAGCAGUGCCCCGUCCCGCUCAACAGGAUAUCCAACGUGGGCAUCUCCGUCGGCGACAAAGUGAACGGGCCUUUCAGCCUCGAGAUCGACUACAUCGGCGUGGAGUUUGACCCGUCGCACUCUGAGGAGUUCGCUUACGAGAUGUACAGACUCCCCAACCACGUUGCCGGCACGUAGUUCCGCUCCAUUUUUUUCUGCGAGAUCUCAGUGUUUGGUGUGCCAGUUGUUGAUGGAGUGGCAGUUUAAAUGUGUGUGUGUGUGUGUUACUGAAUCAGUUCUGUACCUGGGCAGGUGUUGAAUUGAGACUAAAUCCACAAGGCUUGUGUGCUGAGCAGAACCACGAAGGUGUCAUGCUGGGGUCGUAGUGAUAUCGGAGGGGAAGCUAUCAGUUAUUUUCAGAGAAUGGUUAAAUUAAUAGAUCAGAACAUUGAUGUACAGUUUUAGUAAACAGAACAUAUUUCUACACCACUCGUUCUCAUAACCGGGUUUAUAAAUGUACAAGAACGCAAGAUGCAAAAAGUUUAAUAAGUGCGUUUUAAAAUACCCUUUUACAAGCCACGUAAAAUGCAAAUGUGCAACAAAUACCCUGGCCAACUUUCAAGUUAUUGCGUUUUUGCCUUCCGUAUUUGAAGUGAGGUAUUCUUUGAGCUUUAAAUAUGUAGAUAUGUGUUUCAAAGGCCAACGAAUAUGUUUUAAAUAUUUACAUCAGUUUUCAUUUGUUGAAUUUUUACAUGAAGGAAAAUAACAUUUCUAUAUCAAAUUAUUGACGAUUUCGUAUGUUUUCAUGAUAGACAUGAUUUAUUAAGAGUAGCCCAGGGAAGAAAUAGAUUUUCUACUGUUUCACAGUUUUAAGCUAUAGUGUGGGGUGCAUCUUGCGACUAUAUUGCUUUAUAAACAAUCGUGUUUUUUCUUAUGUUAGUUGCUUGUGGUCAUUGUGAUCAUUGCGUAGUUUAUAAACCUUUGCUUUGCUCACCCUCUAUAUUGAGUUAUUGCAUUUUGUGUUCCACUGCAAAUCUAAUUGCCAGAAAUGUGCUAGAUGUUGUCUGCUAUUUGCAAAAAUAAGACUGGCAAACAUUCGAGAUUAACUGCAUUCGUGACUUAACUGCAUCGUGCUCGUUCACUAGAAUUAUGUUUCCUGGGUUUCCACAGCUGGCCCAUUAACACACAGAAUUGCUUUAAAAUAUCAUUUUCAAAUAUAUUUUUUUCCAUAUACAUAUAUCUGCAGUUAGCUUUAAAAAAAAUUUUACAUGGCGGGUGAAGCCCAGUCUAUUAAGGUCAAACAGUUUGGCACAGCUGAUUUUCCGUAGCCGGGCAGUUGAGAGGGAGCGAAGUCCCCGGGACUCAGGCUCCGCGGUGGGCUGGUUGAGUUUAGAGAUUAUUCCUGAUGCUUGGGUUUACACUAAUAGGAUGGAUAUCACCAACUCCAUUAAUAUAAUUUAGGAAACUUACAAGUUAUAUGAUUUGCUCAAUCAAAUUAUGGACACUAAUUUUUACAGUCUUUAUAUUAUUAAUUUUUUUUAAUUGUGGGGUUUUAAAAGUUGUACAAUAAAUAAUUUUAUCCAGGGGUGGGGGCAAAGUAUUUUCUCCGGGCUCUUAGUUCUUGACAGCCCUGCUCCACAGUAUGGACUUUUUUGACUCUUACGAAAUACUUCAAUUGUAUAGGUGAAACUUCUGAGAACCAAGAGUGUCAGUUAUUUAAGUUUUGACCGUAUGUAUUUUGUUUGGUAAGUUAAUACAGGUGAUAUGAAGAUGAUGAAAUUUACAUCUAAAACAACAUCUCUCUUCUUAUUUUCCCCACAUUGUACUUGAUAUUGUAUUGCUAGUUUGCAGAUUCAGAAGUAUUGUAAUGUGAUGGGAAAGUAAUGUAAAUAAUGUAAAGUUAUAUGUAUUAAAAAAUAAUUGGCGUAUUUAUAGGAGAUAAAGUACUUUGUAAAGGUGUGUACUUUUUGGUGUGUUCAAUUAAGGCCUAACCCUUUACGUAUUACUUUUUUCUGUUCCUUUAUGCUAUGUAAAUAUUAGAAAAUUUUUUUUUUUUUUUUGAAAUAUUACACUAACUAUGUGAAAAUUGCUCGAUGCAAAUAAAAAAUGGUACAUA